GCAUCUGAAUCGGAUGCAUCAUACGGGAUUCAAAGCAUGAUAAUGGUGGGUGGGAGUGUGCGACUGAAUUUUUUUUCUUAGCAGAGCCAAAAACCAUCCAAAGCAAACCAUAUUUUUCGAGUCAGCAGUGUCUCUGUGAGAUCUACCUCGUUUUUUCUUCAAAAAAGUUCUACUUCUACCUCGUUUCCCUUUCCUCUUCAUUUCUCGUGUCCUUCCUUUGUUGAGUAAGCAAGCAUGUCUUUGUAUCAUUCUUUCGUUUCCGGUGGCGGUGGUAACCUGUUAACUUUCUCCUUUUCAUUUCUACCAAACCGUUUUGACUGGUUAUCAUUCUAAUCGUUUGUGUUUCUUUACUUGUUCAAACGCUGCGCGUGCAUCUGCGCUAUGUGGAUCUGGUGAGCUUGUGUUUCACAUUCCGGAAAAGCAAUUCGAGUUCCUUCUCAAAGGAAUCAUCAAGUAAAUCUGCUCUGCUGAUGGCCCAAAAUAGCGAAGAACAGUCCUUGCUGGUGGGGUUAUUAGACCCUUCCUCUCAACCCAAUCAGAACAACACCACAAAGAAAAGAAGGUACAGCCGCUGCAAAAGUGCUCCUAUAGCAGAAUUUACUCUUCCAAAGAAAGAUGGGAGAGGCAUACUUCCACGUUCUGAAUCCAUCUUUGGCAAAUUCCAUCCCAGUUUCAUGAAAGUAGUUAUCUUCUUGUCUCUCUACCUAGGCGUAGGUACCCUCUGCUUUGUCCUUGCUAAGAAUCAGAUCAAAGGUGAGAAAACAAACGGGAUUCUUGAUGCUGUGUAUUUCUGUGUGGUGACAAUGACCACUGUUGGAUAUGGAGACCUUGUGCCUAAUAGCACUCUCACAAAAUUACUUGCUUGUGCUUUUGUUUUCAUGGGAAUGGCUCUUGUUGGGCUAAUUCUUAGUAAUGCAGCAGAUUAUCUCGUAGAAAAGCAAGAAGUAGCCUUGGUUAAAGCCCUAAAUAUGUAUAACAAUGUUGGGGAAUUUGAUAUUCUCAAGGAGAUUGAGACCAACAAAAUAAAAUACAAGUUUCUUCUGAACUUGAGCCUGCUUUUGCUGUUAAUUAUGGCUGGAACAAUCUUCUUAACUAGAGUUGAGAAUUUGGAUAUUGUUGAUGCCUUCUACUGCGUUUGUUCCACUAUAACAACUUUAGGGUAUGGGGAUAAGAGCUUCUCAACUGAAAUGGGCCGUAUCUUUGCUGUCUUUUGGAUACUCACCAGUACUAUUUGUGUAGCUCAGUUCUUUCUCUACCUUGCUGAGCUCUACACUGAGCAUAGACAAAACUUGCUUGUAAAAUGGGUUCUCACUAGGAAGCUGACACUGGUAGAUCUUGAGGCAGCAGACCUUGAUGAUAAUGGUGCAGUUGGUUCUACUGAAUUUGUCAUAUACAAACUCAAAGAGAUGGGAAAGAUCAGUGAAGAAGAUAUUGCGCUUAUAAUGAGGGAGUUUGAAAAUCUUGAUGUUGAUCAGUCGGGGACAUUGUCAGCAUCCGAUUUAUUGCUUCCACAAUCAUCUCAAGCAGAGAAAUGACACUGUUCCUUUCUUUCCCUUAGCAAACAGAAAACCAAGUAAUACCAUGUUGGGGUUGUUGGCUGCUACCUUCUUGAAAUCUUUGUAGAAAUAUUUCACGGCCUUGUAUAACCAAUCCAAUCUUAACCCAAGUGAAGGAGUUACUUGAGAAUAGUUAUUUGCUUAUCUCUUCUGAUCAGGAUUUUCUUUAGCACAUUAGAAAUUUACAGUGGGAAGAGCAUUCACUUUCAUUACAUCAUGGAGUAUCAAGUUUCUAUCUUUAUUUUCUAGCUAGACAAGCUACUUGGCCCUUUAUACACCGAGGGUGAUCUUCCUUCGUAUUAUCCAUCUUCUAUAAUAAAGUAAGCUUAUAAUUUAUUACAGUUGCCUUGUUGUUGGGUGGUCAUUAAAUUAUCCCCUUGACAUGUUAGUUGAAAUAGCAGUCAAUCCUUGGUCCAUUCUAUUGCGUGAGAUUGAAGGGGAGGAUUCCCGCGCUUGCCAAGUCACCGUAAAUUGUAAAUUCUGUUUUCUAAUGAGAAAUUAUUAGUUU